GCUCUUUAGUCGUUGCACGGUGUUAUUAGAAAAUUUGACCAAUUAUUACUUCCCACUCGGCGCGAGAAACGCAUGCGUAUAAAUGUUACGAAUUCGUAAUAACGAGAUCCAGUCGAUCGUUGGAGAUUUAAAGGGAAAGAUGAGAGCCGCAGAACUUUGUCUAAUUUCGACGUGCCUGUUAAUGUUGCAACUUCUUCCCGUUUACGGAGGCUCGGCCGAUCCGGACGACUUUAGAAAAAUGACAGCUGGCGUUAGGAAAAAGUGUAUCGCGGAGACUAAAGCGACGUUGGAGAUGAUCGAGGGUACGGAGUAUGGAGAAUUUCCCGAUGACAAUCGAUUGAAAUGUUACUUCAAAUGCGCCCUCGAGAAGUUUAACAUGAUGGACAAGAAUGGUAGGAUAAACUACAAUUUACUGAAAAAAAUGAUUCCGGAUCCUUACAAAGAAAUAGGCAACGACAUGGUCGAUAGUUGUAACGAAAUUGACGCAACGGAUAAAUGCGAGAAGGCUUUUAACUUUAUGAGAUGCAUGUUCAAUGUGAAUCCUAUGGCAUUUAUCGCUCCAUGACCGCGAUCAGACGUACGACGACGACGACGACGACGACGAAGAAGAAUUUAUCGUUCGAUGAAUUACAAAGCCAAGUUAUGUUACACGCACCCGCAAUAAAAGCAUGAUUAUCC